UCAUCUUGCUCGGCAAAAGACGCAUUUUGGGAGAAUCUUUCGUAUGAUAUUUUCGUGUCAACACAGAAUAUUUGGUUAUGAGAUGAAAGUUGAGCUUGUUGGAAGGAAUCCUUAUUGAUAUUUAAUUGUAACUACUGUUGAAAUUACCAAGAUGUCAGAACAUGGAAGUAAAAAUCCACCAUCUGGCAAUUCUGAAAAUGUGAAUAUCUCUCAAGAUGGCAGACCGGCCCUGAGAAGACCUAUGCCAGACACACAACAGAGGUUGUUGAAUGGAAGUCCUGGAACUGGAAACCAACAAGUCAGCCCCAAGAAGCCAGCUAAACAGCUGUCUGUUAAUGCACCAGAAUUUGUACCUAAGUUCACCAUCCCACCACCUCCCCUUACAGUGCCAAAGCCACAGGCGGGUCAAGGGGAUGGUUUAAUGAAGCCUAAUCUGUCCGUCACAGCAGCAGAAUUUGUUCCCAGAGGUCAACCAGCUUACACGCAUGUGCAGAACAACUUGUUUGAGGACUUCCAGCGACUUGUGAGCAUCACUCCAUCACAUGUUAGUGCACCAGCAUCAAAGCCUACAUCAGAUAAAGUCAUUAGCGACUUCAAAACAAUGCUGUUCAACAUGACCAUUCAACCAGGAAAUAUAGAGGAAUAUCUUAGCUCCAUAGUCAAUAUCAUGAAGAAUGUCGCAGAUGAGACUGUUGUCCGAGAAGUCAUAGAAAUUCUCUUUGAGCAGUGUGUAACAGAACCAAACUUUCGUUAUACUGGGGCAAGAGUCUGCAGGCACAUGACUAAAGAGCUGAAACAUGUUAGAGCAUUUGCUAAUUUUAGAACCCAAUUCCUCACUAGAUGUAAAGAAGACUAUCUAAAGAAAGAUGACUGGGCACUGAGUGCUGACACCAUACCAAGGUUGUGUGGAUUCACAAUGUUUAUUGGAGAACUAUUUCUUAAUCUAGAGGUUGAUAAUCCCGAUGGCACUUCACAGAAGGUUGGUGUAUUAAGAUUUGUGCUGCGUGAUCUUCUGCUAGCCCUCUUAUCUAAUCCAAAUGAUACAACAGUCAAGUCAGUAACACAACUCUUAAAGCUAACUGGUUCAACAAUAGAGGAUACUGCUCAUUUAAAUGCCAAUCCAGAGGAACGAGAUUAUAGUAAGGUGUUUCAACAAUUACAACAGUUAAACAUGUCCCAAGAUCUAAACCAGACAUCACAUCUGUUGAUUAAAUCAGUUUUAAAUCUGAAAGAAAAUAACUGGGGGAGAGAGUCCACUUCAUCCACCUCAUCUCAGCCUGACAGUCACUCUCAGUCAUAUUCCCAAGGCUUCUCUACUAAUGAACCAGUAUUCUAUAACCAGCAAGGACAGACAAUAACACGGGAAGAGGCAGGUUACUAUGACGACUAUACAGACUACAUGUUAGAACAGGAAGCAGAAGCCUAUGCCUACAUGCAAGCAGGAGACACUGGCUAUCAGAGCAAUUAUGGAAACAACAUCAGCAGUUAUAACCGUACUCAAAGUCUUAAUCACAAUGGAAACGGCUACCAUCAACAGAAUCCAUCAGACUACCAAGCAUGGUCAUCAAAUCCUGAUGAUGUAGCAUAUGAAGAAGACUAUAAUUAUUCAAACAUGGUGAAUUAUGAUGAGAAUUACAUGGAUGAUGAGAUGGAGGCAGCUUAUGAGGAGUUCUUACGUUCCCAAAAUCAAGGUCACCGAUGACAUCCCAAGGAUACUUGAAUUUAUACUGCAGGCGAUGCUACUGUGUGAUAGUCAGACAUCAAUCUUGUAAAGAGCAGCUGUGUUUUGUUGAAAUCCAAGUAUCAGUCACAAUAUGACAUGAUAAAUUGGAGUAGCUCCUGCAGUGGCAUGGUUCCGCAUUUAAUCUCAAAGAAACGGGUAAAUUUGAGCAGAAAAAAUCAGCAGAGUAACUGUCAUGUUUCAGUUUUAAAAUGGCAGCAGUCUCCAUUGUAAACACAAUAUAUGAGGGUGCCGUACUGCCUGGUGUCAGGACCCAGUAACUACAAUCUGGAUUGAUGAGUUCCCAAAACAGUGUUACAUGUUAAUUUGAAGUGGUCAGUCAUAAUGUUUACCAACGUGCCAACUUGUGUAAUGUGAUAGAAAAGUUUGAACAUUAUUAUGAAGCAUUUAAAAUUAAUUGUAUCAAUACAAUGUAUUUAGGUUUUAUUCAAUUCAGAAUACUUGAUACUGAAGCAGUUUGGACUUAUUAUCCGAGACUUUUUGCUUUUUUUGUGUCAGACUGUCACACACAGCACAUUUGUGAAUAUUCACAUAAUUGGUGGACUGAACUAAUGAAUAUUCUCAUAUUUCUCACAUGAAUUUGAUGAAUAUUUAUACUUGUAGCAGAAUAAACAUUCUUCAUAGAUUUAUUUGAUGAAAGUUCAAUCAUUUGUCUGACUGAUGCAGAAUGGUGAAAUGGAUGUUAUACAUCUACCAAUAUUAUUAAAAAAAAGAGUGAAAAAACUAGUGUGAGAGGGAGAAGAAACACUUCCAUUUUAUGCUGUUGCUAAAUAACCCAUACAUUAUAAACUAUUUUUGUAUAUUUUGCGUUUUUGACAAGACAUGUGACAAUGUUAGUUAUGUGGAUUCUGUGUUUCUGACAUGUGACAAUGUUAAUUACAAUGUCUAUGGAUUUUGCAUUUCUGAAAUGUAACAAUGUCCUUUUUGUGGAUUUUUACGUUUCUGACAUGUGACAAUGUGAGUUAUGUGAAUAUUGCGUUUCUGACAUGUGUCAAGUUAAUUGUUGAUUUUGCGUUCUGACAUGACAAUGUUUAUGUGGAUUUUGCAUUUUUGACAUGUGACAUUGUUUGUUAUGUGGAUUUUGUGUUUCUGACAUGUGACAAUGUUAUGUGGAUUUUGCUUUGAUAAACAUGUUAACUUGGUGAGGUUUUUUUUAACUACUGUGACGGGACAGAGCUGCUAUAACAGGUCACUGUUUUGUGUACGUCGGAAACGUUACUUAGCUUUGUGUCAGUAAAAUAUAGCAGAGUUAACAAUAGUAUACCAUAUUACAUUUGUAAUGGUGAACGGUAGUCGGGCACUGUGGUGUUAUUCUACUAAGGUGUACCAACACUGGACUGUUUACCAUUACAGUGAAUUGUUAGUAGUCUAUUGUAACUUUGUACAACAUUCAUGCUUGCUUGUGAUCUGUGUUCUGACAGAAGUAUUGACUAAACCAAAAAAUGCCCAGCACCUGUACAUAAGCUGGUUAUCAAUAAUAUUUCUGAAAAUUUAGUCUGCAGAAAAUUUCUGAGCACUGUCAGGACCCGAUAUUUUUUACCAAUUGCCGAGUCACAGAUAAAAAAGGUUCUGAGUAUUGUAGUGACAAGAAUAAAAUAAAUACAAUCAAAUUUGCUUUUAGGUUAUCCUUUGUAUGUUCCACCAAGAAAGGUUUACAAUACAGUUUUAAUCUAAGGUCAAUAUGUUGAAAGUGAUUGCCCUGUCUGAAUUAGUACUGUUAACAUUAACUGUAGUGUACAGUAAUGCUGAAUUAUACAACUUAGCUCACUAUAACAGUUGUGUACUGUAGAACGUUUCAUUGUGCAAUCUGCAACAAUGGCCAUUAUAUGCAUUUCAUUUGUUCUGUUCCUUCCUUUGUUUCCCCCCGAUCAAUAUAAGUAUAGCAUGUGGAAUCAUGAACAACCCACACAUCUUCAAGAUUUGUAUGAGUGGAGCUUUUGAUUAUAAAAUCAAUCCAUGGAACCAGUACAUUGUAUGUGGUUACGUUGUGAAUAUGAUUUACAUGUUGACAGUGUUUAGAGAUGUAAUAACAAUUUCAUUUUUGCAUUUGAAUGGGAAAAAAAACUUAUUUAUUAAUGUAGAAACUAAAAUUAUUCAGUAGUGCUAUAAACACUGUUUUAAUAAGUUUAAAAAUCGCAAUAUUUGUGUUUGUAAAAAAAACUUAUGUUUAUUUGCAGGAGUAGAGUACAUGAUCAGAUAUGUUUACACUCACCAACAUCAUCAACAUUACAAUAUUUAUAAUUUAUUGUUCAUGGCCUAUUUUACUGUCUUGUAACACUUAAUUUUCUGCAACUUUUCCAAGUGCUAGCAACCUGUGCAUUCAAACAGAAGAUGCCCGGAACAUGACAAAACAAUAAAAUUUCCUAUUAAAAGAUAACAA